UGCCUCGCACCAAACACAGAGAGAGAGAGAGAGACAGAGAGAGAGAGAGAGAGAGAUGGGCAUAUCAGCUUCGAAGCGAGUUGGUACCUCACUCUCCAACUCGUCCGAGUUCGACUCAGCUUGCGUCUCAGCUUACACCCACUGCCUCACCAUGACUCAGCACGCUUUCCCAGGAGUCUUCCCCUACCAACUCGCCACCGCCUCCGACCACAUCCACCGCACGCUCUCCACCCUCCGGCCCCACCCUCUUAUCGUCAAGUGGGUCCCAUCACCCCCGACUCGGUCCCAGGUCGACUCAGCUUUCCGAGCCGUGACUCGCUCUUCGUCGAAAGCCCAGGAGGACGAGUCCACCCUCGUUAUUGGGUCGACCCCGUUCAAGAAAUGGGCCGUGGAGCUGUUUGCUAACGCUGUGGUGUUGAACGCUGGGAAAGCGUUGAUGUGCCGAGUUCCGAUUGGAAUCGCUGGGAUCGCUGGAAUCGGGGCCGUGACUCGGUCUGGGAAGGACCUGGUGGGGACCGCGAUUGGGGUCUACGCGCUUGGCGUUGCGACUGCGGUUUUUUUUAGUUUGUCAGGCUAGGGACUCUGGCUGUGUGUGUAAAUUAUUUUUAGUUUUUGUUUUUUAGUUUUGGGGUUUGUAAAUAUUGUGUAUUGUAACACGUGGCAUAAUCUUAAGCUAUCAGUAAGAACAGAACAAAUAUUGGCCGUCCA